AGCCGUUCGCGUGCAGUCUCAGAUAUAAAUAAGACUCGCAAGAAGUGCGAUAAGGCACUCUCGACGUUGACAGGCUAACUGUAAACUCAGAGCUGGUUACACCGUUCUCGCUCCGCUCCAUCGGGGACACAGUUUUCCAUUCAUAAAGGUGUACUACUGCAAAGCACUGCGUUUUCCCUCCCGAACAUCUCAAAGGAAAGGGCUCCAUUUCUCAAAAAAACUGGGGAUUUUCACGUUUUCUCGAGGACUUUUCUCGCGGUGAAGCGGUUGCAUUUUGUUAAAUAAGGCUACAGUCGUCUUGAGGGAUUCCACAGAUUCGCUGUUGCUGAGCGCGUGGGAUAAUUUUCCAUAUGAAGAUGCCCGCGGACACGAUGGAGAAAUCGUCCUCCUCACCGGUCGCCGCCACUCCGGCGAGCAUCAACACAACACCGGACAAACCCAAGACGGCCUCGGAACACAGAAAGUCAUCUAAACCGAUUAUGGAGAAAAGGAGAAGAGCACGAAUCAACGAAAGUCUGGGCCAUCUGAAAACGCUAAUCUUGGACGCGCUCAAAAAGGAUAGCUCCAGGCACUCAAAGUUGGAAAAAGCGGACAUCCUUGAAAUGACAGUGAAACACCUCAGAAACCUACAGAGAGCGCAGAUGACUGCUGCUCUGAACUCGGACCCCACCGUUCUAGGGAAAUACAGAGCGGGAUUCAGCGAAUGUAUGAACGAAGUCACCCGUUUCCUGUCCACGUGCGAAGGGGUCAACACCGAGGUCAGGACUCGACUUCUCGGUCACCUCGCCAGCUGCAUGACGCAGAUCAACGCCCUGAACUACCCAUCAGCCCAGCACCAAAUACCCGCCGGCGCUCCUCAUCCCGCGUUCGGUCAACCCAUGGUUCAGAUCCCCGGCGCAUCGCCGCAAGGCAACGUGCUACCGCUGAACGGGAUUCCCUGCAAGAACGGCUCUUCCGGCAGUCUGCCGUCCGAGGGAACGAAAGUGUACGGUGGCUUCCAGCUCGUGCCGGCCACUGAUGGACAAUUCGCUUUUUUGAUUCCGAACACUGCAUUUGCAACCAAUGGACCAGUUAUACCAGUAUACGCCAACAACGUCAGCACGCCGGUUCCAGUGGCGGUUUCCCCUGGUGCACCCUCAGUCACCGCGGACUCCGUAUGGAGACCUUGGUAGAGGGUUAUUUUAAAGACUUUGAAAAAAAGACAUAGAUUAUUCUUGAAAUGUUACGAGAUUCUGUUCGGAAAGUUUUUUUUUUGUAUGAAAAUGUAUGAAAGAGAAGAUUCUGCACUAUAUUUGUAUAUAUGAGGGAAAAGUUCAUAUUGAAACGAGAAUCGUAUUGUCAAGUGAAUGAAGUGCGUUUUUUUAUAUUCGCGGUAUCUUUUUACUGUGUGAUGCCAAAGAAAUGUUGAAUGCUCUUAAAAAUUUCUUCAUUUUGGAAGACAAAUAAAUUUCUAAAGAUAUCCAGAACAUCA